AAAAAAAGAAUUUAAUAAACAAACUUUCUUGAAACUUGCUGGGUUUCUUCUGCUAUAUUCACCCAAGCUUGAACAGUAAAGGUGAUUUGAGCGACCAAAACGCUCACUCUCAAAAAAAAUUUUGCCCAAAAAAUACUUUUUCUUUCUGAUUGCCCACAAAUGAAACUACUAUUACCUCUAUUAACCCUCGUAGGGCUCGCCUUGGCCGAUUUUAAUGUCAAUGAAUUGGAUGCUGUGAACCCACCCGCUUUAAGCCAACCAACACUCAACAACCAAGGACUUGCGUGCAAUAUUUCAACUAUCUCCUGCCAUUGGAGUGGGCCAGUCGAUGCUUGCUGUUCACCUAAAUAUGGGUUGGUUGUUCUUGCCCAACAAUGGGCUCCAGGAUUUGGCCCUGCUGACGAAUUUACUCUUCAUGGUUUAUGGCCCGAUACUUGUGCUGGUCGCAUGGCCCCUCCUCAAGGUUGUGAUAACUCUAGGAAAGCUAGCAAUAUUGCCCAAAUCAUCAGCAGCAUGAACAGCACACUUUACAACCGUAUGGCUACUUUCUGGCCCAGUAACAAAGGUGACAAUAACUGGUUUUGGUCACAUGAAUGGACUAAGCACGGCACGUGUGUAAGUACUUUACGUCCUACUUGCUACGGCUCCAAUUACAAGAAAUAUCAAGAUGUGGUUGAUUAUUUCACGAAAGUACUCGAUCUCCGUGAUCAAUACGAUAUUUUUGGUGCUCUCAACUUGAACGGCGUUGGUCCUGGUAGAUAUUAUAAUGUUGAAACUGUUCGUCAAGCGAUUCAAAAAUCGUUCGGUGCUUCUGCUAAACUUGAUUGUCGUGGUGACAGACUUUCCGAAGUCUCGCUUUACUUUUAUGUUCAAGGCCGUGAUAAGUACAUUCCUACCAAUGCCCUCUCUUAUGGUAGUUGUAGAGGACGAGUCUUCUUUGCAAAGAAAUAAAAUCCUAACAACAGACAACAAUAACAUACACGCAUAUCUUUAUCUAAAUAGAGCAUAACAUCCUCCCUACUUAUUCCCCUUCCCCCAUUUUUUUCCUUCAAAUC